AUGGCUUCCUUCCUAGACAGAGCUUUCGGCUUUGAUAUCUCUUCGUUUAUAUAUCGCUUUUUUAUCUUUCAUCAUCACGAUCAUCAUCGUGAUCAUAACAAAGGCGUUCGUAGAAACUUCAACAUGCCAAAGAAGGGUCGACCUCUUUCCUUACAGACAGUUGAGCUGAAAGUAAGGAUGUGCUGCACGGGCUGCGAGAGAGUUGUUAAAAACGCCAUUUACAAGCUCAAAGGCAUUGAUUCGGUGGAAGUGGAUUUGGAGAUGGAGAGGGUGACGGUGGGAGGGUACGUUGAUCGGAACAAGGUGCUGAAGGCGGUGAGGAGGGCAGGGAAAAGGGCAGAGUUCUGGCCAUACCCUAAUCCACCCCUUUACUUCACCACUGCAGAUCAUUACUUCAAAGACACAACCCAUGAGUUCAAAGAAAGCUACAACUACUACAGACAUGGCUACAACCUCCCAGACAAACAUGGCACCAUCCAUGUCUCUCACCGUGGAGAUGACAACGUUAGCAACAUGUUCAAUGAUGACAAUGUCAAUGCUUGCUCUGUCAUGUAA